CUUUUAUCUCAAAUGUUGUAUCAAAAUCAGAUUUCGCCUUGUGAUUUUUAAUACAAAUUUCAUUCAACGCAAACAUGUUGGCAGCUUUGUGGUUUUUGAGUUUUGUCGCGUUGGUUUCGAACAAUAAUUUUUGUCUAGGUUUUCAAAAGUUCGAGAAAAACUUCAACACUAGGAUAGUGGGAGGCGAAUUGGCUAAUAUAAGUAAAUUUCCCUAUCAAGUGUCCGUCCAGUACAACCACCAACAUUUUUGUGGCGGGGCCCUUAUUUCACCAACUACAGUUUUAACUGCUGCACAUUGUUUUGGUAGAAGUUACCCAGCCUUAUCCAAAUUCUACCAAGUGAAAAUUGGUAGCAAUUCUACCUCAGGUAUUGCCAUUUCAAUUCAAUCAGCCAUAGUUCACGAAAAUUACAGUGCAGAGACGAUUGAUAAUGAUAUUUGCGUUUUAACUCUUGCAUCAAACGUAACUAGCUCAGAUACAAUUGCUUUAAUCAACGUAUCAGAAACAACCAACUACCAAUGGCAAUCUUUGGCUUUUGUUAGUGGAUGGGGCUACGAAUCGGAAAAUGGCAGCAUCUCUUCAUUGUUGAGAUACGCCAAAGUUCCACUAGUAUCGCCAAUGAAAUGUCAACAGAGUUAUGACAAUAUUAUUGAUAUCACGCCAAAUAUGUUGUGUGCAGGAUUCAAAGAAGGAGGAACUGAUGCAUGUCAGGGUGAUAGCGGUGGUCCUCUAGUACAAAACAACAAACUUAUAGGCCUGGUAAGUUUCGGAAUGGGUUGCGCCAGACCAGGCUAUCCUGGAGUUUACACUAACGUAGCUAAUUUUUUGAAAUGGAUAGAAGAAAAUUCAGAUUAUCGUGGCUCACGUCAAACCACUGAAUCAACAACAACCUCAUCGUCAUCAUCACAAUCAUCAGCUAGUCCAAUUGGCAAUUCAACUGCAGAAUCCGCUGGAUUUGGUAAUUUUGCAGCUGGAAAAAGCGGUUGCAGUUAUUGCCUAAUUUUGGCAGCAGUUUUCAUGUUUUUCUGUUAAAUUUAUAUUUAUUUAUAUUAUUUAUUAUGCCUUCAAUUUGUUAAAAUUAAAAUAAUCUUGACUUUUACUUUUUUGGUGCUUUUAUUUCCUCAACAAGUGCUAGUAGUAAUAAAUAUGAUUCAAUAAAUUAGCAUGAAGAUAAUGGACUUAAAUUCUUAAAAAAAAAUGGCCCUAUAUAUAUUUCUCUAGUACCCAUCCAAUAUGGAUUUUUACCAAACAAUCUCAUAGAACUAUUAAAAUAAUCCAUCUAAAUUGAAACAAUCAUUUUCUGUUUCUGGAAACAUGUGUUCGAACAGCCUGACAAAGGUGGUCAGUUUGCAAAAUUGACCUCCGCAGCCUGGAAUUGAUAGUCUUUUUGGUUUGCCUUCAGUGUAAUCUUGGUAGAAGAACUAACAAAAAAAAAAUUCAUCAAAACGAUCAAUUUUGAACAGCAACUUACUUUGAGUCCUCUAAUUCCUCCAUAAUUAUGCACUUCAACAAUGACAUAGCUUCCAUAUGGUGGUACGUGAGAAUAAAAUACAUCAAGGUAUCUCAAAAAUAUCGCUACGUUAAACUCGUGAGCCGAAUAAAGAUAAAUUUUGGUGCCUUUGUCUACUCCUUUGAUUUUUGUGUAGGUGUCGUCAAUGAUUUUCUUAACUAGGAAUCCUAAAUCAGAAUCAAUGUAAGUAAAAUUGAGUAAAUUUUUGUACAUGUGCUUACCAACUACAAACUUCUUAAGCUCAGGAGUUGCCGUACUGACAUUGUAGUCUUUGAUACAUAAAUCUUGGAUAUGGUGGUAGAUUGGCUUGGCCCAUUCUGGAUGAUCAUAACCAUUUUCUCUCUACAACAAAAUUAUAAAUAGAUUAUAUUGAUUGAUAAAUGAUAAUUACCUCUGUUGUUAAAGUAAAGUAUAAAUCAGCAAAAUCUUUACUAGUCAUUGGACUUCCUGUAUGAUGUUCCAAAUAUUGAAUAACUUCAGUGUAAUUUUCGUAUAGUUUGCGGCCUUCACUGGAGUUCAAAUAAUUCCAGAACAGUUUGUUGUAUCUUGGACAGUUUUCCAAAGGAUCAGCCAAAACCUACAAUUCAAAUAUUUAGUUGUACCUUAUAAAAAUCCUAUAAUACCUCUUACAUGAUCCUCUUUAACAGGCCAAUAAUUGAAUGGUACCGGUUGCCAAUCGAGACGGUUCUCCCAAACGUAGUUGCCUCUGGGCGGAAAUAGUGAGGCCAAAACUAGCUGCAGCGACAUUUUGGUUCUGUUGUAGUCUGUACAUCUCGCGUCUACUGUAUCCAAAGUGAAUUUGUCGUCUCUGAGGAAUUCGUAGUAUCUGGAACGUAGCUCUUUGCCUAUGUUGUAUUCUUUACGUUUGCCGGC